AUGGAUAAAUUUAUUGGAAUAAAAAAUUAUAUAGUUAAUGAAAUACCAAACUAUAUUCUUCCAGUGUUAAAAUUCUUACAGAAAUAUUCCUCAAUAUCAUUUCAAAUUUUUUUUUUGCUUCAUCUCACCAAUGUUUCAAUUAUUCCAUUAAUCUCAAUAGAUAAGUUUGAUGAUGUACUAAUGAUAAACAGAGAGGUUUAUCAAAACAAUGAAUUCCUCUUGAUUUAUGGUUCAUUGACCACCCAUAUCCUUAGUGGAAUCCUCGUUAGACUCUUCAGAAGAAUUAGAUCCAGAUUUAAAUAUGGAACAUUCAAAAAACAAAAAAAAAAUAAGGGUUUCUUCAAAUCCUUUAACAACUUGCAAUUAACAGGAUACAUUUUAAUUCCAAUUGUUUUAUUUCAUAUUCUUAAAGAACGAAUCUCUCCAAUUUUAGUUGAUGGAGACUCCUCUUUCGUUGACAUUAACUAUAUCAUCUUCCAACUAAAGGAACAUAAGUUCAGAACCAUCUCAGGAUUAAAUCUUCUAUCCAUAUUGAGCAUAUACCAUAUUAUCAAAGGAUCAGUCAAAUGGUUCAAAUUGAAAUGGAAUCCGACUCUUGUCAAUGGGUUGAUUUAUGGGUUUUCAACCUUUUCAUUCUUAAGCUUAUUACGUCUACAAUUUAGCGACUUUGUCGGAUUUUCACAAUCUGUUAAAGAAAAAUAUGAAUUGUACCUUAAUGUUAUUCCUUUAUAG